UAUGCAUAUCACAUCUCCCUGCUUGUAGCAGGCUGAUGAGUGUGUGCAGUUAGUGCAGGCACACACAUACUUCUGCGCUUUCCCUGAAAGUGGAGCAUUAGCAACUGCAGUCAAAAAGCACCCUUGCUUCUUCAGCUCUGAUCCUAGCAGAAACUGUCUGAUUCUGUCUGGAGGAACUGGGAGACAGCACUGGAGGCAAGUUUAAAACGGACCUGGCGACACCCGGCUGUCACAACUGGCUUCAUGCAUCUACUUAUUACCAGCUCACUUACAAUUACUUUCCUAGUCCCAUCAGUAGUGUAUGUUCUUGAGAACCGUCUGGCUGGGAAGGAAGGAACACACUGCUGAAGGCUCCAAUUGCUGUUGAGAAAACUUGCAUUAAAAUAUUACUGAUGGAUUGGAUACUAAAGUCCUCCAGACAACAUUAAUCUAUUGAUGACUCUCAGGUGAAGAUGUGAUUGAUGCAGUUACGGACAUUCAUGUCAUAGGAAGUUUGCUAGAUUUUCACAGGAUUUGCUCAGGCAUCCCACUGCUGUUAAUAAGGUUGGAUAUAACUCUUGGCUCAAAGAAAUGGUUUGUUCUCUGCUCCUGAGAUAUUGGUGAAAAUCUGUAAUUAAGGUUAUAGCUGUGCCUGAUGAGAUAGGAUGCAAUAGUGAAAGUUGGUAGUGGUGGCCUUCGGGAGAAAAUUGACUUGGGAGGAAUAAAAGUGAAGGAAAGGACUCUGGUAAUAGUAUAUGGAUUCUAUUUGAGAUAAAGUAUCACACAAGAACCGGAUGAAAUAUCUACCCUAGCAAACAGUCCUGCUGAUUGAGUAGCUCAACUCGGACAAUGGGCUCCUGCCUACAUAAGUGCACAGCUGGGAUAAAACCACUGAUUCUGGGAGACGUGCUCCAUCGUGAGUGAGAAACGAAUCUGGUGUGUGAUAUACAAAUUUUAAUGGAGCAUAAACGGGGGAAGAGCAUGCAAAUACAUUUGUUGUUGAUGCCUGUACUGCUUUGGAAUCCGGUCAUAACAAAAACACAUCUUCUUCCACUUCCCUGAAUUUUCAACUGAAAUUUGCUUGGAAGCAGAAUGUUUCCUGAAACUUCAAACAAUUUGGUCUUCUUUCUUAUCUCCAGACGCUUACAACCAUUUCCCCUUGUCCUGCUAUUAUCUACCCAUGUAAAGGGUUGAAGAAUUGAAGAGUUAUAUUGGUGAGAAUGGUUGGACCACUGCAGUGGCACUCUGAUUUUUGUGGAUCGUGAACACAAAAGGGGAUUGAGAAGACACCAUCGGAGUUAUUCUGGCACAUGACUUGAGUGCUUUAUAUUCUUAGACAAAUGAGGAUCUGAAAUAUGUAGACUGAGAAUAACACAUGUCCAGGUUAAAACUGCAUCCUACAAGAAGUAUUUGAUGGAUUAUUCCUAGACAUUUCUAAGAAGUUAAACACAAAAAAUUAUUCCAUUCUGAACGCUACACGGGCAUCAUUAUUUUAAUGUUGAAUACUCAGACAAGAGUGCCAUGGAUGUAAAAGAAAGGAAACCGUAUCGAUCUCUGACUCGGCGCCGCGACACGGAGCGCCGCUACACCAGCUCUUCAGCCGAGAGUGAGGACAGCAAGGCUCCUCAGAAGUCCUAUAGCUCCAGUGAGACCCUGAAGGCUUAUGAUCAAGACUCCAGGUUGACCUACAGCAAUCGGGUCAAAGACAUGGUGCACCAGGAGGCCGACGAAUUCUGUCGAGCAGGAGCCAACUUCUCUUUGCGGGAGCUGGGUCUUGAAGACGUACCCCCCACUCAUGGUACUUUGUACCGGACUGAUAUUGGGCUGCCUCACUGCGGCUACUCCAUCAGCGCUGGCUCAGAUGCCGACACGGAGGCGGAUGUGGUCAUGUCACCUGAGCACCCCGUGAGGCUCUGGGGACGCAACACCAAAUCCGGACGCAGCUCCUGCUUGUCGAGCCGGGCCAACUCCAACCUCACCCUCACUGACACGGAGCACGAGAAUACUGAAACCGAUCAUCCUCCAAAUCUUCAAAAUCAUUCACGACUCCGAACUCCACCACCUCCAAUAUCACAUGCUCACACCCCUAACCAACAUCACGCAGCCUCCAUCAAUUCCCUGAACAGAGGGAACUUCACUCCACGCAGCAAUCCAAGCCCAGCUCCCACGGACCACUCUCUGUCAGGGGAACAACCAGCCAGCACUCAAGAACCAGCCCACGCUCAGGACAACUGGUUACUGAACAGCAACAUCCCGCUGGAAACCAGAAACAUAGCAAAGCAGACAUUCCUAGAGACAUUGCAGGACAACCUCAUUGAGAUGGACAUUCUCACCUCCUCCCGACAUGACGGUGCUUACAAUGAUGGGCACUUCCUGUUUAAACCUGGAGGCACUUCUCCCCUUUUUUGUACAACGUCGCCGGGAUAUCCCUUGACGUCCAGCACUGUGUACUCACCUCCCCCUAGGCCCCUUCCCAGAAGUACCUUCUCUAGGCCUGCCUUUAACCUGAAGAAACCCUAUAAGUACUGUAACUGGAAAUGUGCUGCCCUGAGUGCCAUUGUCAUCUCGGUCACACUGGUGAUCCUGCUGGCGUAUUUCAUAGCCAUGCACCUGUUUGGCCUAAACUGGCACCUGCAGCCGAUGGAAGGGCAGAUGUAUGAAAUCACGGAAGACACAGCCAGCAGUUGGCCAGUGCCAACGGACGUCUCCUUAUAUCCUUCGGGGGGCACAGGGUUAGAGUUACCUGACAGGAAAGGCAAAGGAACCAGUGAAGGAAAGCCCAGUAGUUUCUUUCCAGACGACAGUUUUAUAGACUCUGGAGAAAUUGAUGUUGGCAGACGAGCCACACAGAAGAUCCCUCCUGGUAUCUUUUGGAGAUCUCAGGUGUUCAUCGACCACCCAGUGCAUCUGAAAUUCAAUGUGUCUUUAGGAAAGGCUGCUCUGGUUGGCAUCUAUGGCAGAAAAGGCCUUCCACCAUCACAUACACAGUUUGACUUUGUCGAGCUCCUCGAUGGAAGACGCCUUCUGAGCCAGGAGGCAAGAGGCUUGGAAGGACCUCAACGGCAACACAGAACCUUUGUGCCCUUGUCCAGCCACGAGACAGGGUUUAUCCAGUACUUGGAUUCAGGCAUAUGGCAUUUGGCCUUCUACAAUGAUGGCAAGGAGUCGGAGGUGGUUUCUUUCCUUACCACUGCCAUUGAAUCAGUGGAUAAUUGUCCCAGUAAUUGCUACGGGAAUGGAGACUGCGUGUCUGGGACUUGCCAUUGCUUUCUUGGCUUUCUGGGCCCUGACUGUGGUAGAGCAUCCUGUCCAGUGCUGUGCAGUGGGAAUGGGCAGUACAUGAAAGGGAGGUGCUUGUGCCACAGUGGCUGGAAAGGAGCAGAAUGUGACGUCCCGACCAACCAGUGCAUCGAUGUCACCUGCAGUAACCAUGGGACGUGCAUCAUGGGGACCUGCAUCUGCAACCCAGGGUACAAGGGCGAGAGCUGUGAGGAAGUGGAUUGCAUGGAUCCUACCUGCUCAGGACGAGGAGUGUGUGUGCGUGGAGAGUGCCACUGUUCUGUUGGCUGGGGAGGAACCAACUGCGAGACCCCAAGAGCCACGUGUCUGGACCAGUGCUCUGGUCAUGGGACCUUCCUCCCCGAUACCGGCCUCUGCAGCUGUGAUCCUAACUGGACCGGCCACGACUGCUCAAUCGAGAUUUGUGCAGCAGACUGCGGAGGACACGGAGUUUGCGUCGGAGGCACCUGCCGCUGCGAGGAGGGCUGGAUGGGCACAGCCUGUGAUCAGAGAGCGUGUCACCCACGCUGCAAUGAGCACGGGACGUGCCGGGACGGCAAGUGUGAAUGCAGCCCGGGCUGGAACGGAGAGCACUGCACUAUUGCUCACUAUCUGGAUAAGGUAGUGAAAGAGGGAUGCCCUGGCUUGUGCAAUGGGAACGGCAGAUGCACUCUGGACAUGAACGGCUGGCACUGCGUCUGCCAGCUGGGCUGGAGAGGAGCGGGCUGCGAUACGUCCAUGGAGACAGCGUGCGGCGACGGGAAGGACAACGAUGGAGAUGGCCUGGUGGAUUGCAUGGACCCCGACUGCUGCUUGCAGCCACUGUGCCAUGUCAACUCACUGUGCCUGGGCUCCCCGGACCCCCUAGAUAUCAUCCAGGAGACACAAGCACCCAUCUCCCAGCAGAGCUUGCAUUCGUUCUACGAUCGGAUCAAGUUCCUGAUUGGCAAAGACAGCACUCACAUCAUCCCAGGAGACAAUCCCUUCGAAGGAGGACACGCAUGCGUGAUUCGAGGCCAGGUGAUGACAGUGGAUGGAACCCCCCUGGUUGGAGUCAACAUCAGUUUUGUCAACAAUCCUCUUUUUGGAUACACGAUCAGCAGACAAGACGGCAGCUUUGAUCUCGUUACCAUCGGCGGGAUCUCCAUUAUCCUGCACUUUGAACGGGCUCCCUUCAUCACCCAGGAGCACACGCUGUGGUUGCCAUGGGAUCGCUUCUUUGUCAUGGAGACCAUCGUCAUGAGACACGAAGAGAAUGAGAUCCCGAGCUGCGAUCUCAGUAACUUUGCUCGACCCAACCCUGUGGUCUCACCAUCUCCGCUGACGGCUUUUGCGAGUUCCUGCUCCGAGAAAGGUCCUAUUGUUCCUGAAAUCCAGGCUCUGCAGGAGGAGAUUAACGUUUCUGGUAGUAAAAUAAAAGUGAGUUACCUGAGCAGUCGCACGGCUGGCUACAAAUCAGUCCUGAGGAUCAGCAUGACCCACCCCACCAUCCCCUUCAACCUCAUGAAAGUCCACCUCAUGGUGGCCGUCGAGGGACGCCUCUUCAGAAAGUGGUUUGCAGCUGCUCCAGACCUGUCCUAUUAUUUCAUCUGGGAUAAGACAGAUGUCUACAGCCAGAAGGUGUAUGGGCUUUCAGAAGCCUUCGUUUCCGUGGGUUAUGAGUACGAGUCGUGUCCUGACUUGAUCCUGUGGGAGAAGAGGACAGCUGUGCUUCAGGGUUAUGAAAUUGAUGCUUCCAAGCUUGGAGGAUGGUCCCUGGACAAACACCAUGCCCUCAACAUACAAAGUGGUAUCUUGCAUAAAGGAAACGGGGAAAACCAGUUUAUUUCCCAGCAGCCUCCUGUAAUUGGAAGCAUUAUGGGCAAUGGCCGUAGACGUAGCAUCUCUUGUCCAAGCUGCAAUGGUCUUGCAGAUGGGAACAAACUCCUGGCUCCUGUUGCUCUAACGUGUGGAUCUGAUGGAAGUCUUUAUGUUGGAGAUUUCAACUACAUCCGAAGAAUCUUUCCCUCUGGCAAUGUCACCAACAUACUGGAACUAAGAAAUAAAGAUUUCAGACAUAGCCACAGCCCAGCUCAUAAGUAUUACUUGACCACAGAUCCAAUCACCGGCUCCAUCUACCUCUCUGACACCAACAGCCGACGUAUCUACAAAAUAAAGUCAACCACCUCAGUGAAAGACAUUGUGAAGAAUUCAGAGGUCUUGGCUGGAACUGGAGACCAGUGCCUCCCAUUUGAUGAUACCCGCUGCGGAGAUGGAGGCAAAGGCACCGAUGCUACCCUUACAAAUCCCAGGGGCAUCACCGUGGACAAGUUUGGACUUAUUUACUUUGUAGAUGGCACUAUGAUCAGGAGGAUCGAUCAGAAUGGGAUCAUCUCAACAGUGUUGGGUUCCAAUGACUUGACAUCUGCUCGGCCUCUCAGCUGUGACUCUGUCAUGGACAUUUCUCAGGUUCGUCUCGAAUGGCCCACGGAUCUGGCGGUCAACCCGAUGGAUAAUUCUCUGUACGUGCUCGACAACAACGUUGUGUUACAGAUUUCUGAGAACCAUCAAGUGCGCAUAGUGGCAGGGAGGCCCAUGCACUGCCAGGUCCCAGGGAUGGACCACUUUCUCCUUAGCAAGGUGGCAAUACAUGCCACCCUGGAGUCUGCUACUGCCCUGGCUGUCUCACAUAAUGGGGUCCUAUAUAUUGCUGAAACUGAUGAGAAAAAGAUCAACCGCAUCAGGCAGGUUACCACCAAUGGAGAGAUUUCUCUCGUUGCUGGUGCACCAAGCAGCUGUGACUGCAAGAACGAUGCUAACUGCGACUGCUUCUCGGGGGAUGAUGGCUAUGCCAAGGAUGCCAAACUGAAUGCACCGUCCUCCCUUGCAGUGUGUGCAGAUGGAGAGUUGUACGUUGCUGAUCUUGGAAAUAUCCGAAUACGCUUUAUUCGGAAAAACAAACCAUUCCUCAACACUCAAAAUAUGUAUGAGUUGUCCUCACCCAUAGAUCAGGAACUCUACUUGUUUGACACCAGCGGUAAGCACCUAUACACUCAGAGCCUUACCACUGGAGAUUAUCUUUACAAUUUUACUUAUUCUGGAGAUGGAGAUAUAACCCUGAUCACUGACAACAACGGCAACUUAGUCAAUAUCCGAAGAGAUUCCACGGGGAUGCCCCUCUGGUUGGUUGUGCCCGAUGGCCAAGUCUACUGGGUGACAAUUGGUACCAACAGCGCACUCAAGAGUGUAACCACACAGGGUCAUGAGGUGGCCAUGAUGACUUACCAUGGCAACUCUGGUCUGCUUGCCACCAAAAGCAAUGAAAACGGCUGGACAACUUUUUACGAGUACGACAGCUUUGGCCGCCUGACCAACGUCACUUUCCCCACUGGCCAAGUGAGCAGCUUCCGCAGCGACACUGACAGCUCUGUGCACGUCCAGGUGGAAACUUCCAGCAAGGAUGAUGUUACAAUAACAACUAAUUUGUCUGCAUCGGGAGCCUUCUACACCCUGCUCCAAGACCAAGUCCGAAACAGCUACUACAUUGGUGCUGACGGCUCUCUCAGGCUGAUGCUGGCCAAUGGCAUGGAGGUGGCCCUGCAGACUGAGCCACAUCUGCUGGCUGGCACCGUCAACCCCACCGUGGGCAAGAGGAAUGUCACCCUGCCCAUCGACAACGGCCUCAACCUCGUGGAGUGGAGGCAGAGGAAGGAGCAAGCAAGGGGGCAGGUCACUGUCUUUGGACGUCGUCUGAGGGUUCACAACAGAAACCUGCUGUCCCUUGACUUCGAUCGUGUGACGAGAACAGAGAAAAUCUAUGAUGACCACCGCAAGUUCACACUCCGCAUCCUCUAUGACCAGGCAGGGAGGCCCAGCCUCUGGUCGCCCAGCAGCAGACUCAACGGGGUCAAUGUGACCUAUUCCCCUGGAGGACACAUUGCAGGCAUUCAGAGGGGCACGAUGUCAGAAAGGAUGGAGUACGAUCAGUCUGGCAGAAUUACAUCCAGGAUCUUUGCUGAUGGCAAAUCAUGGAGUUACACUUAUCUGGAGAAGUCCAUGGUGCUGCUCCUUCACAGCCAGAGACAGUACAUCUUUGAGUUUGAUAAGAAUGACCGGUUGUCAUCAGUGACCAUGCCCAACGUUGCCCGCCAGACUUUAGAAACCAUCCGUUCCAUUGGUUACUACAGGAACAUCUACCGACCCCCAGAAGGCAACGCCUCCGUUAUUCAGGAUUUCACAGAGGAUGAGCAGCUCCUCCACACACUGUACUUGGGCACGGGGAGACGUGUCAUCUACAAGUACGGAAAGUUGUCCAAGCUAGCUGAAAUGCUCUACGACACCACAAAGAUCAGUUUCACCUACGAUGAAACUGCUGGCAUGCUGAAGACAAUAAACUUGCAGAACGAAGGGUUCACAUGUACCAUCAGAUACAGGCAGAUAGGACCCCUCAUUGAUCGACAGAUUUUCCGCUUCACUGAGGAAGGCAUGGUGAAUGCACGUUUUGACUAUAAUUAUGACAACAGUUUUCGGGUGACCAGCAUGCAAGCAGUCAUCAAUGAGACACCUUUACCCAUCGAUCUCUACAGGUACGAUGAUGUGUCAGGCAAAACUGAGCAAUUUGGUAAAUUUGGAGUGAUUUACUACGACAUCAAUCAGAUUAUCACCACUGCUGUCAUGACUCACACUAAACAUUUUGAUGCCUAUGGCAGGAUGAAGGAGGUCCAGUACGAAAUAUUCCGGUCACUCAUGUACUGGAUGACCGUGCAGUAUGACAACAUGGGGAGAGUUGUUAAGAAAGAGCUAAAGGUUGGACCUUAUGCAAACACAACUAGGUACUCAUACGAGUAUGAUGCUGAUGGCCAGUUGCAGACGGUAUCUAUCAAUGACAAACCACUGUGGCGCUACAGCUAUGACCUAAAUGGAAACCUCCAUUUGCUGAGUCCAGGGAAUAGUGCCCGCCUUACUCCACUCAGAUACGACCUCAGGGAUAGGAUUACUAGACUGGGGGAUGUGCAGUACAAAAUGGAUGAAGAUGGCUUCCUGAAGCAAAGAGGCAAUGACGUUUUUGAGUACAACUCAGCUGGUCUGCUCAUCAAAGCCUACAACAAAGCCAGUGGCUGGAGUGUGAAGUACCGCUACGACGGCCUGGGAAGGAGAGUCUCUAGCAAAACCAGCCAUGGCCAUCAUUUGCAGUUCUUCUAUGCAGACCUGACCAACCCAACCAAGGUCACCCAUCUGUACAACCACUCGAGCUCAGAGAUCACCUCCUUGUACUAUGAUCUCCAAGGCCACCUGUUUGCAAUGGAGCUCAGCAGUGGCGAUGAAUUUUACAUAGCCUGUGAUAACAUUGGCACUCCUCUGGCUGUCUUCAGCGGGACUGGCUUAAUGAUUAAGCAGAUACUAUACACAGCAUAUGGGGAGAUCUAUAUGGACACCAAUCCCAACUUCCAGAUCAUCAUAGGCUACCAUGGAGGACUGUAUGAUCCCCUCACAAAGCUCAUCCACAUGGGACGGAGAGACUAUGAUGUGCUGGCAGGUCGGUGGACAAGUCCAGACCACGACAUGUGGAAGCACCUGAGUAGCAAUAACAUCAUGCCUUUCAACCUGUACAUGUUUAAAAACAAUAAUCCCAUUAGCAACUCUCAGGAUAUCAAAUGCUACAUGACAGAUGUCAACAGUUGGCUACUCACCUUCGGGUUCCAGCUACACAACGUCAUCCCUGGAUACCCCAAGCCAGACAUGGAUGCCAUGGAGCCAUCAUAUGAGCUGAUCCACACGCAGAUGAAAACCCAAGAAUGGGACAACAGCAAGUCAAUUUUAGGGGUCCAGUGUGAAGUGCAGAAGCAGCUGAAGGCCUUCGUCACCCUUGAGCGCUUCGAACGGAUCUACAGCUCCAGCAUCGCCGGGUGCCAGCAGAUCAAGAAGAACAAGAACUUCGCCUCCGGAGGCUCUAUCUUCGGCAAAGGCGUCAAGUUUGCCAUGAAGGACGGGCGCGUGGCCACCGACAUCAUCAGUGUUGCCAACGAGGACGGGCGGAGGAUCGCCGCCAUCUUGAACAAUGCCCAUUACCUAGAGAACUUGCACUUCACCAUCGACGGGGUGGACACGCACUACUUCAUCAAGCAGGGCCCGUCAGAGGGCGACUUGUCCAUCCUAGGCCUCAGCGGCGGGCGGAGGACCCUGGAGAACGGUGUCAACGUCACGGUGUCCCAGAUCAACACAGUGCUGGGUGGAAGGACUAGACGUUACACGGACAUCCAGCUGCAGCACGGCGCGCUGUGUCUCAACACUCGCUAUGGGACCACUUUGGACGAGGAGAAAGCCCGUGUCCUGGAGCUGGCCCGGCAGCGCGCCGUGGCCCAAGCUUGGGCCCGGGAACAACAGAGAUUGAGGGAUGGGGAGGAGGGGAUUCGCUCGUGGACAGAAGGGGAGAAGCAACAAGUGCUAAACACAGGCCGGGUACAGGGCUACGACGGCUAUUUUGUGAUCUCAGUGGAGCAGUACCCAGAACUCUCAGACAGCGCCAACAACAUCCACUUCAUGAGACAGAGUGAAAUGGGCAGAAGGUGACAGAGAGGGUCGAUACGGUGACUUCUUGCCAAAGACAGCUACUCUUUUGUGGCCACUUACCUGACUGUGUUGUACUCAAUCCUUUUUCUAAACUGAACAAGGUGGGGGGGAGGAAAAUUAGAAAGAGAAGGAAUAAUACAGUUGCACUGUAACUCAUGCAACAUAACUUUUUUUCCCCUUUAAUUUGGCCUUCACACGUUUUUUGCAAUGAACAGAAGGAAUAUUUUGCCGUAGUGUGAUCACAGUGAAAUUUACUGUCUCUUGUCCUUUUUAUUUUUCCCCUUUGUGAGGAAUUUGAAGUGGGGAGUCGUCAACGUACGUCCUUAGGUGUGAAGUGAGAAAUGGGUGUCUGUGCUAACUUGUGUCAUCCUAACCCUUUCUGAUCUGGGGCAGGGACAGAUAGCCUUCCACCCAAAACAUAGGGAGCCCACGGCGUGCCGGAGAGCUCUUUCUGAGAAGAAAGGAAAAGGAAGAUGACACUGAUUCCUGAACUCUGAAAGCGACCGUCUGAAUCAUGUGCCUCAAAAGAGACGUUACAAGUAGUUUUCACGUUUCACUUGGGACUUAAAAGUGUUUUUUGGGGGCUCCUGCUGAGCAGAAGUAGAUUAUAGAGGCGAAGGAGCUGAUUAUAUUAACUUGCAAGAUGAUUCUCUUCCUUCCUGAACUGGAAUAAAAAAAGAAAAAAAAUCAGUCUUUUUUUUUUAUGAGAGUAGAUACUUCUUGUUUGUUUUUGUGUGUGUGUGCAAAUCCUGGUUUUAGUUAAAACCUAGCAAAAGCCAAGAAAGGAACUCCUGCUCUAUUGAGAAAAGCUAAAAUAAAUCCUCUCUCAUACGUAGAGCUGUUCUAUAGGUGGAUUUAAUGCACCCAUGUUGUACAUUUGCUAAUGGCAUUACUUCAUUAAAUGUAUAGUGUUUCAGUACAUGAGGCUACGUGUUUAACAGUCCACUGUGCUGUAUCUUAUAAAACCAGUUAAUUUUUAGGAAGCUGAUUUGAAUUUAAAAGUAGUUAUAGUAUCCCAGUGACAUACCACUGAAAAUUAGAGCAAGCCAAACCCUGCUUUUCCUGAUUCUGGAGCUUGUAUUUAUUGGCUGGGAAAUGCAGUUUUGAGUAGCAUGCUGGCAAGUCACUUAUGACUAUGGCAGAUAAAUGUCUCUAGAGGACUUCGGCAGCAGGGAUUUUAAAACGUUUAAUAAGUAGCAACAGCUUGUGUGUGGUGAGAGAAGAAGGGGAAUGCUGGAGUCAACCCUCUCACUGUUUCUUACACAAGACUGAGUUCAAUGGAGAGCCUAGUUGACUGUUAGCAGUGAAGAGGGGGAAAUUUGGAUGGAAAUGCCCACUACGGAGGGGACCAAGUGCUUCAAUGAGAAACUGCUGACAGAGUUACUCGGCAUGCUAAUGUAAUUUGUAUUCACAUAACCUCUGUGCUCUGGUAUUUGCAAGAGUCCUUGAAAUUCAAGGCAACAAGGAGAUGAGCCGAGCAUCCUCUUCCCUGCCUGCAGCAUCCCAAUGGUAGCCAAGGGCCAUUCCUGCAGGCAGAGAUAUUGCCCAUCUCUCACUGGGGCUAUGGCUGGAGGUGGCCAACCCUGGUCCUGAAUAAGCAUCUUCAUCACUCUGACAUGUAUGUAUCCUGACUCUGAGAACAUCUCAAUCCUGAUCUUUUUUUUCCCUCAUUUACUUUGUUGUUUUUUUUUUUUUUACCUGGCUUUGUAGAGACAUGUGAACCCAGGCCAAGGCUGUUGCUUUGCUUGGCACCCUACAACUCAUGUCCUCAGAGCCACCACUGCUCUGAGGUGGAUCCUUAACCCAGCCUGAUACUUCUCUGCAGGCUCCAUUCCCCAAGAUAAUACAUGUGGGGCAUGCACUGCUCGAGCAGCAAGAUGUGGGCAAUCCCAGUGCAGUCCCGGUUUCCCCGUAGAUGCUGGCUGACAACUCCAGCUGCCUUGCCUCUCUGUUCCUGGGCACUAGCCAGGAGGAAGGUGAUGGGAUGGAAAUUCCCCCAACAGACUAUUCCUCCUCCUAUUCACCAUCAUUUGUAUUUUGGCAUGCAAAGCCCAGGGUUGAGCUUCCCUGGGGCUGCUCACUCAUACAGCCCUGAAUCUGGCAGUCUCUCCUGUCUGCAGCAAGAGUGAUAUUGUUGAUGCCAUAACCAAUGUCCUAAUCACCCCCACCCCUUGCCACAUGCAACCUUUAUGCUUUAGCAGGAGUAAAUCAAAGGCAGCUGGGUUAGAAAGGCCAUCCAGCCCUGGUAGAGCCAGGUGGGAGCAGCAGCAUCACUCAGGGCUUUGGCAGUCACUGAUGAAGAAACCCUGGCAUCACUGCUUGGGUUGCUGGGGUAGAGUCCUUGACAAGCCUUGGUUGAUGUUAGGAUGCUAUGGUAGGGAUUGGGGCAACAUCAGCCAAACAGCAGCUGCCACUCUGAAGAGGCAGUGUUGCCUUCUCAGGGCUGACCAGCUCCCCUCCCUGGGAAGCACUAGCAUUCCCACAGCUCCUCGAUUUUGUGGUGGCUUUGAGUGGCUAAAAGAGCACACGUGGAGCAAAAAGAGGUAUAUGGGAAGAUGAAUGGAAAGGCAUAAAUGUCCUGUAUAUAUCCUACCCAAUGCUCCUGUCCAAGAGGCUCCAAAGAGAAGUGGUGCUUCUACCUUCGUCGCCAUCCAUGUGUUACUAUGCUACCAGGAACAAAGCAAGAACAAACCACACCAUCAAGGAAAGAGGUCUGAGUGUGAAAAUUUCCUACUGGAACAAUCAGCCUGAGAUGGCACCUCUACAGCCUUACAGACUCUUCAGGUUAUUACAGGAGGUAAUGUCUUUGAGGAGCUCAUCCAUUUUUGGUCCCACUCACCAUGGUGCAGGCAGCGCAGGCUGCUCUUCUCUGCAUGCCCAAGCUCUGCAGACCUGCAGCCUGUAUGGAACUAUUGACAACAUGUCAAAAAAAGGAAAAAAAAAAUACAUAUAUAUAUAUUUGUAUGUGUAUAUAGGUGAUGUUCUUUGAUAUAUCAAAGUUUUUAACUGGAAAAAGAAAAAAAAAACAAGGUUGGCUCUUCAGUAAUGGGUACAAACCUAGACAUCUACUGGUCAGGGUUCCAGGUGUCCCUGCUAGAGCAGGGGCUGGGCAGAGAACCCAGAGGUUUCUGACAGCCUUUUGGUGAUUAUGUGAUUCUGUUUCUGAAACCUUGUCCACUGUGAAACCUUCAACAUUUCCACUCUACUUAUGCAGUAAAACUAGAAACAAAUAUUUUCAGUUUCAAAGCCCUAAAUUUCCCCCUUUGUUAAUGAAAAGUGCUUUUUCUACAGGACUGCACUGUUUUUCCAUGGAACUUAAAGGAGGAAGCUAUAACGUAACAAGUGCUGAGCCAAACCCUGAGCCAAAGUAAGGGACUGUUGAAUGCUGUUACUAAGCAUUUCCAUUCAACUCCUGGCCAUGUAGCCCUUGUGCAACCCCGUUUGCUCCUCUGCAGGAGCACAUCAUGGCUGCCCAACCCUUCUUGUUUUGCUUAUGGGCAGUGGAUGCUUCACUUCUGGAAGGCUUUGGAUACCAAUCCCACUGAGCUGAGCCCGAUAUCCCAGGGCUCUUGAUGCACUUCUGAAAGCUAGUCAAGUGCAUGACCAUUGCUACACAGAAUCACAGAACGUGGUUUCGGCCUUAUCUGCAUUCAUGGCUUGACUUGGAGAUUCCAAAAAGAGGAACCACUUCAAAAUGCAAAGGAUUGGCUUGAAUUACUUCAAACUCCUGGGAAUGUCUUCAUAUUGAAGAGCUGUGUGAAGGGCUGGGACCAAAGCUGGAAGACCAAUUCCAACAUCCUGCACUGGUCAGUCCCAAUAUGAGCGGUAGGUGAAGGAUAAUGGCUCCAACCCUCCAUAGCCACUGCUGGUACCAAAAUGAGCUUCAUUUGGAGAUUUACUAGUGAUGGGAUUGACUGGAUUUGGACAUAAGUUGGUGCCAUGAUGGCUCUACAUCUGUGACACAUCCUGCAUGCUGAACCUGGACAGAACGAAUCUAAUUUGACAUUGCAAGAAAUGACACAUUGUUUGUUUCCUCUGAGCUCUUUUUAUUUUUUUUUUUUUUUAAUUUUUAUUUUUGUCCUUUGCAAUUGAAGAUUAGAGCUUGGAAAAAUCAUUAAUCGGCAAUGACCAGAGGGAAUCAUGCAGCUCAUCAUAUCUGUGUCAUCACAGCUAUUGAUAGAGCCCCCAUGAAAAUGGGACAACAAAUCUAAAUGAUACCAGGCAGGAGCUAACGAGAUGAAGGUCAUUACAAGCCCAGUGCUUGAUUUGGGUUUAAAACCACAGAUUGAGAGCCAUCCCCAGGACCUGUCUGGCUGCAGGUUGGAAGCAGUGAAGGAUUUCUGUCAUAUAUCUUGUAGUUGCUCUAUUGAGCUUAGAGAACUGGGUGAGAUUCUACUCUGUCUAUUAUACAGAGUGUAACCAGAAUAAAUCAACAUGGUUUAAAAAAAAAAAAGAAAUCUAAUAAAGUACUUUUUCAGCUGUGACUUGUAAGUGUCACCGUGAUAGAUGGCAGCACAAUCCAUUAUGCAAAGACAAGGCUCUUAACAUGAAAUUUUAGAAUUCAAUUUUACGAUUUACAGAGAGGGCCCCCCUCGUAUUUACAGCACAGCAGCCUGUUUGAAUCUGCUCUCGGUGUAAUUGAAACCAGGGACACGGGUCUCGGCUGCUCACUCUGCCACUUUUUAAACAGGGAGGAGAAAUAAGUACCCAUAAUGUUAGUAAUAGAGCUAAAAAGAUCGUUUUGCUGUUAAACCUUUUUUCCUGCAUCUCCCCUUGCUGGUGGUGAAGGGCUGCAUGUCUGUGCUGCUGGAGCUGGGAAUGGGAAUGUACUGGGGUUGGUGGGAUGAAUCCAGCACCUUCUGUCCUACAGCAUCCACAUCUUUCAGUGGACACCUUUGAGCACCUCUUUUUUAAAAUCACUCCUUUUGUCGCCAUCACUAAAUAUGGGAUUAUUUGAACUCCCCUGUUAUACUGAAAGAUUCCAAGUUUUGUCAACAAUAAAACAGAUUUUGUUUUCUCAUCUCUAUAGUUCGAUAAAAUUACUUGUGACUGCAGAGUGAAUUUGCAACAGCUUCUGGGGGACAGGAGCCCUGUGUUGCUCCCAGCAUCGUGCAGCACGCACAAUGCUGUGCCCCAAAACUGUCCCACCAAAGGGAAUCCUUCUGUGUCUCUGUGCUGCUUUCCUCUAAUUAGUGCAAAACGUGGUGUUCCUGGCAAAGCAUUGUAAGGCUCAACUCUUAACUCCCACUCCAGUGGCCCAUGCCUUCUGGUCAGGGAGCAAUGAAAACCAUGAGUGAAAAUUAACUAACAUAUAUAUAUAUAUACACACACACCUAUAUAUGUGUGUAUUUUUUUUCCUUUUUUAAAACUGCUCAAGCAAACAACAGAACUUUCCAAAAACUAUUACAACUUCUGGACAAUUCAUGGAUAUUGCUGAAAUAACCAGUCAAAGAAACACACUUUCCUAUUAAAAAAAGGUUAAUUUUGUGCGAGGACUUCUAAUGCAGCUGCAUCUGAGAGGAGGACUUUGUGUCAAUGCUGCAUCUGCAAGCCCAGCGCUGGAGACUCUUGUCAUUACCCUGUGUAAUAAUUUUCCUGAAGUCUGGAAUUAAUUUCUUGAGAAUUUUUUUUUCUCGACACUUUGCAUUUCUAAUGCUGUAUUCUUGACUGUGUAAAUACAACCAGGCUGUAAAUGAGUGCAGAUGUAGAUACCUUCUAGAAAAAAAAAACAAAAAAAAAAGGAAAAAAAAAGCACCAACAAAAACUGAACAGACAAAAGUGACG